AUGCCGCGACUCACGCACCAUCAGUACAACGAACUCCUCAAGACGGAGCUCGUGAAGUUCCUCUUCGGCCAGGAUCAUCAAGAAUCAGUCGUAGUCCACAAAGGCUUCGCAGCGUACCACUCCGAGUUCUUCGCUGGCUCGGUCUCCAAGUCUGGCUUCGAAGGAACCAUCGAACUCACCGAUGUAGGCGUGAACGCCGUGAAGAUCUUCGCACGCUGGUGCUACGAAAGCCGCCUCGACGCCCCGGUUCUCCAGAAACUCUCUCCAGACCAAGCCCAGGAACUCAAGCACUCGCUCAUCGACGUGUGGAUCUUCGCAGAGAUGCACGGCAUUCCCAAGCUGCAAAACCAGUCCAUGUCCCAGCUCCGGUCCCUCUUCAGCCACGAUCUCACGCUGCUCACGGCGGAGGACAUCCAGUUUGUCUUCGACAAGACCAGCAGCGUCGAUAACCCACUCCGCCAGAUGCUCGUCCUCAUCCUCGUGGUCAAGAUCGACCUCGGCAGGGAGAAGUUCGACAAGUACGAUGCUAUCGCUCAGGCGCAUGCGGGCUUCUUUGCGACGUUCUUUACGUAUCAGAGGACUUGGCUUAUGGCGCAUGGCAAGGCUAAGCCGAAGGACAAGGCGGAGAAGCUGGUUGAGAUGCUGGAGGAUGAGGGCAUGGUGGCAAAGGUGAGGGUCCGGGUCCCUCCACCGCCGGAGUGGGUGCUUGUGUUGAGUGGUGCGACGCCGCAGCCGCAGCCGCAGCCGCAGAAGGAGGGCGAGGUUAUUGAGUUGGACUGA